UAAAUAGGGAAAGUAAUCAAACUAGUUUUAGCCUAUAUAUAUGUGCAACUGUUAGCAUCAUCAGUUAUUGCAUAUAUAAACACAUUCUUAUGAAAUAGCACAUAAUUAUUUAAUAAAUUGUAAACACACGCUACUGGGGUUUUUCCACCUGGAUUGUUUACAACACAGUAUAACAACUAUUGGCAGAGAACGUAUAUUUAAAAUGAGCGAGAAAAAUCAAGAAGCGACUGGACUGGCCGUUUAUCCAUCGGCUCCGGAAGCAUAUCAUCAUGUCGGUUAUCCAGCACCAGAAGGACAACAUUCGGACAAAUAUCCAGCAAAUAGUCCUCCACCACCUUAUGCUUCUACAGUACCUCAAGGUCAACAGCAUGGACAGUAUCCGCAAGGGUAUAGUCAACCCCAAGGUUACGGACAGCCUCCUCCUCCACAAGGAUAUAGUCAUGCAUCUGGUUACCAACCCGUUCCACAAGGCUAUGCACAACAAGGCUAUCCACAACAGGGCUACCCACAAACACAACAGUAUGGAAAACAACCGAUGUAUGGAGGUCAAGGACAGACUAUUGUUGUUUCACAGCCAGUGCCUUCAACAAUGAUAGUGACUACAGCCCAGUCAAGACCAUCGAACUGGUUAAUCCCUGCUAUCCUGGCAUGUCUUUGUUGCUUCUGGCCAACAGGAAUAUGCGCUAUAGUAGCUGCAUGUAAUUCAAACAGUGCAGCCGAUAGUGGAAACAUGCGGAGUGCUGAACAGUCGGCAAGGACAGCCAGGAACCUGACAAUUCUUACUGUUGUCCUUGGUGUAAUCUGUGUCGUAGUUAUUAUAGUGUUAAGGGUUGUGGUGUAUUCAUCCACCCAUCACCAGUACUAUUAAUGAGAAAGGAAGCAACAGUACUUGAAUCAAAGUCUAUGUUACUGUACAAAACUCUAUGCAUGUAAUAUUGCCUUUUUGUAACAUUUAAUCAUCGUACACGUAUUGUACCUUAUUAGUAUUGUACCUUAUUAUACAUUUUAUAUGUAUGAAGUUUCUAUUUACAGUUUUUUUAUGACACUUUCAUGUACAACAUGGUUGUACAAUACAUUAUUUACAUUUAAAUUGAUGCAAUUGUUAUAGCUGAAUAAAGUUUUAUAAACUUU